CGCCGCAGUUGACCCAUUUCCCGGCCCGUCCCGGGCUCGGCCGGCCCCCGCGCCGAGGCGGCAGCUCCCUGCUGACUGGGGUGUGGGCGGGGAGCGGCGGAGGGAGGAGGAGGCGCUGCUGGCCGCCGCCGUUGCCUCGGCUGCUAGGCGCUGGGCAGCUCACUGGGCUUCUGCGGCCGCCAUGGACGAGCAGGCGGGGCCCGGCGUCUUCUUCAGCAACAACCACCCGGGUGCUGGCGGUGCCAAGGGUCUCGGGCCUCUGGCGGAGACGGCCGGGGACGGGGCGGCUGCGGCGGGGGCGGCCCGAGCUCAGUACAGCCUCCCGGGGAUCCUGCACUUCCUGCAGCACGAGUGGGCCCGCUUCGAGGUGGAGAGAGCCCAGUGGGAGGUGGAGCGGGCGGAGCUGCAGGCCCAGAUUGCCUUUCUUCAAGGGGAAAGGAAAGGUCAAGAAAAUUUGAAGAAGGAUCUUGUGAGAAGGAUCAAAAUGCUGGAGUAUGCUCUUAAACAGGAAAGAGCCAAAUACCACAAGUUGAAAUACGGGACAGAAUUGAAUCAGGGAGAUAUGAAGCCUCCAAGCUAUGAUUCUGAUGAAGGUAAUGAAACAGAGGUCCAGCCACAACAGAACAGCCAGUUAAUGUGGAAACAAGGUCGACAACUACUCAGACAGUAUCUGCAGGAGGUGGGUUACACAGAUACUAUUCUAGAUGUGAAGUCUAAACGAGUGCGAGCUUUGUUGGGCUUUUCAAGUGAUGUCACUGACAGGGAAGAGGACAAAAAUCAAGACUCAGUUAUAAAUGGCACAGAGGGUGAAAUUAAAGACACAGCAAUGAUUGGGAAAUCCGAGUUAACGGAUCCUGCCUCUGUGCUGGAUAAUUUCAAAUUCCCUGAAAAUGUAACUGCAGAUUUCAGUGAUGAAGAUGAAGAUGAUGACAUUGAUGGACGAGAGAAAAGCAUUAUUGAUACUUCAACAAUUGUUAGGAAAAAAGCAUUGCCUGAUAGCAGUGAAGAUCGAGAUACAGAAGAAGCUCUAAAGGAAUUUGACUUCUUGGUUACAUCAGAGGAAGGCGACAGUGAAUCUAGAAGUGCAGGCGAUGGAACAGACUGGGAAAAGGAAGACCAGUGUCUCAUGCCUGAAGCUUGGAAUGUGGACCAGGGAGUAAUUACCAAACUCAAGGAACAAUACAAAAAGGAGAGAAAGGGGAAAAAGGGGGUGAAGAGACCCAACAGGUCAAAACUACAAGAUAUGCUUGCUAAUUUAAGAGAUGUUGAUGAACUUCCCUCAUUGCAACCAUCUGUGGGUUCACCUUCCAGACCUAGCAGCUCCAGGCUUCCUGAACAUGAAAUAAAUAGGGCAGAUGAAGUGGAAGCACUCACAUUUCCUCCUUCUUCUGGGAAGUCAUUCAUCAUGGGAGCAGAUGAAGCUCUUGAAAGUGAACUGGGACUUGGAGAAUUGGCAGGCCUUACAGUCGCCAAUGAAGCAGAUACACUAACUUACGAUAUAGCAAAUAAUAAAGAUGCAUUGAGGAAGACUUGGAACCCUAAGUUUACAUUAAGAAGUCACUUCGAUGGCAUUCGAGCCCUUGCUUUCCACCCCAUUGAGCCUGUUUUGAUAACAGCAUCAGAGGAUCACACAUUAAAAAUGUGGAAUUUACAGAAAACAGCCCCAGCCAAAAAGAGCACCUCUCUUGACGUGGAGCCUAUCUAUACAUUCAGGGCUCAUAAAGGGCCGGUGCUCUGUGUGGUGAUGAGCAGCAACGGCGAGCAGUGUUACAGCGGUGGGACCGACGGGCUGAUCCAGGGCUGGAACACCACCAACCCCAACAUCGAUCCCUAUGACUCCUAUGAUCCUUCUGUUUUGAGAGGCCCUCUGCUCGGCCACACCGAUGCGGUCUGGGGUCUGGCUUACAGUGCGGCACACCAGCGCUUGCUGUCCUGCUCAGCAGAUGGCACUCUCCGCUUAUGGAACACAGCUGAGGCAGCGCCAGCCUUAAGUGUAUUUAAUGAUAAUCAAGAAUUGGGAAUCCCUGCCUCUGUGGAUCUAGUGAGCAGUGACCCGAGCCAUAUGGUAGCAUCGUUCAGCAAAGGAUAUACAAGCAUCUUCAACAUGGAAACACAGCAACGCAUUCUGACUUUAGAAUCCAAUGUAGAUAUGACCGCCAACUCUUCCUGCCAAAUAAAUAGAGUCAUCAGCCAUCCCACUCUUCCCAUCAGCAUCACUGCUCAUGAAGACAGGCACAUCAAAUUCUAUGAUAACAAUACAGGCAAACUGAUCCAUUCGAUGGUAGCCCACCUAGAAGCUGUUACAAGUUUAGCAGUUGAUCCUAAUGGCCUGUACUUGAUGUCUGGCAGUCAUGACUGUUCAAUACGUUUAUGGAACCUAGAAAGUAAGACAUGUAUCCAAGAGUUCACAGCUCAUCGGAAAAAGUUUGAAGAAUCAAUUCAUGAUGUAGCUUUCCACCCAUCCAAAUGCUAUAUAGCCAGUGCUGGAGCUGAUGCACUAGCUAAAGUCUUUGUAUGACAGAAUGCAUCCUCUUCACCUUCUAGCUCUUUAUAAAUAAUCGACUGCACAAAAGAGAUACAAGAGACCAGGGCAAGAAUCAACUCCUUUUGCCCUUUUGUUCUGCUGAAGGAGCACAGAGAACAUUUGUUAAAGUAUAGUUUUGCAAUUCGUAUACUGUUUUCUAAAACUAAGGUUUGUUCAGUUUGCUGCAAGCUCAGCUGAAUCUGUGAGCCUGAAACUGUUUCAAAUUUUUCCCAAAGUAGGAAUUUUUAUUUCUAAAGUUGUUCUAAUUCGCUAGGCAGGCCUGAGCGAACAUAGGUUUAGCUUGUCCCCUAUUGAGUAAAUGGGGCACAGUAUAAAGGAUAAUUAAAAAGCUUGAUGGCUGGGAAUGAAUAGAGGAAAAGCUGAAAUUUAGCCCUAGUUCUCCCCUGAGAAAUCUUGUUAAACACAUUAGGUAGUCAAAACAUUAAUCUUUACCAUAUCUGCUGAACUAAUCUCUGUAUGCAUAAUGACCAGGCAGUGUUAAAAUGAGUUUUUAAUUUAGCUCUCCUUUCAGCUGGUCACAUAAAGCACCUGGCAAAGCAUUUUACCUAUUAGGGAAGAAAAAAGAAAUGCAAUAAUAUGUUAAAUAUAUUAUUAUUCAGAAAUGCUAAACAUUCAGUUUGUAAGCAGAUAUCUAUAUUGUAUUACAUUUUUGAAAGUGCAUUUGGUACCAUUCUAAAGUUUAACUGUCAAAAACACUCAACAUUAUGAAGAAUAGUUGAUAGACUCUGCUUUUACUAAAGGAUUUAACUUAAUUCAGGUGUAAGAUUCUGUUUAUUUUUAAGGGCAAGCAGGGCAUAUCUUUAUAAUAAUUUCUAUUAAUUUUAAAAUUCACUUUAUUCAUGAUAUUUAUAGUAUCAGAGUGAUUAUUUCAUAUUGAUAAAAUCUUAACUUUUCAGUGGUUGAAGAGAUUAUAGUCAUUUGCAAGUAUUCAUUCCUCAAAACCCACAUAACCACAUCUCGGAUGAUCUUUACACUUUCCUUUUGUCUCUCACAGUCAAAUUAUCUGAUACCUACCAAAAAAUGGUUCAUAAUUAUGUUUUAACAGUGCAAGGGGUAUGGUUAAUCUCAGUGAGCUACUUUUACAAACAUACUAAAUAAAGCAAAUGUUUUAUACUCCAGAAGUCCUCUAUUAGCAUCUCCAAUAAGAAGAACCUCUUGAAAAGCUGGAUGGAAGAGUUCAGUGUAUAAUAUUGGAUAAAUAGUUUUCUCUCUCUCUUCCCCUCCCUACCCCUCAUCCAUUGUUUAAUUUAAAACACGGCAUGUUUUCAUGGGCAGUGAGUCAGUGUCGUUUCUGGGGAACCAUGUCAUAAAGGACCAGGGUUCCCUGAGCCCCUUGCCUCUGACCAACGUGUUCUGUCGGCUCUUGGGAUGCCCGUGACCCUGCUCCCUGACCCUGGGGCACAGACGUCGUCCCUGCACCCCCCCCCUCUCCUCGCACUCUCUUGUUUGCUCACAAUGUCAGAGACCAAUCUAGAAAUUGGAAAUAAGUUACUAAUGUCCAACUUUUCGGCAAAAUGUAUAUAUAAUAGGCUUUCAGACUUUUAAAAAAAAUACAUGUCCAUAAAUAUUCUAACUUUUUAGUACAAUUCCUACAUUCCUAUCCCCACAUAUUCCAUUGUCAUAGCAAUUGCACUUCUAAUGAUAUGUACUCCUUGAAGAAUUAUUCUGGCAUUGAUGUGGAUGAUAAUUGACAAUUUUUCUUUAAAAUUUCUGCUUGUCUGCUUCUAGAAUUCUUCAGUUUACAGGCAAAGUAUCUUUAAAGUGAAGGGCCUGUGCUAAAUUUGCUUGGUUGUUAUACAAAUAUGCUUUAAUAUUUUGACACAGAUACCUGGUCCUUUCAUCUGUGCUUUGGUUAACACUGGGCUCAAGGGACUCUUUUGUGUAGUCAGAUGAAUUGACUUGGACAUGAGCUACCACAUCGUGGCCGAGCUCCAUACCAGGUGAAUGUUUAUAUUCCCAGGCACAUAUGGCAUUCCACAUUGUGUCUGGUAAAUUCCUCCUUUGGUUCUUCACAGAGUAAAGUAAUGGUGUUGCUAGCCUAACAUUUGCAGAAGGAUACUGGAAAAUUCUAGCCAGGUGCCCACCCUUGGCAUGUUUAUGAUGGACAACUGCAAAGUUAUUGUUCUACCAGUUAUUGCUUUAAUUACCUUCCAAGGUAAUUAAAGAUCUUCAGUACCACCUUUAUUUAUGUCACUGAAAUUCUCAAAGCCAAGACUCUCUCUUCACCUACAUUUUAUACCUCAUGGUUGAAAUUUUUCUGGUAGUGAGUGAAAAACAACCAAGAGAUAUGUAGACCAUAGUGCAAAUGAUGGACCUGUUGAAGGUUCCUUAGGAAGCCAGUGCUGUGCCUCUGGAGACUGUACAUAGAAACAGAGAUUCUUCUGUACUAGUGCUGUGUGAGAGCAGCCUAGCAGUGAGCCAAAGCUGCCUUCCAGUCUGAUAAAAACAUAUACACGUGUCUGAUUUUUCCCUCAGCCUAUUGAAAAGGCGAGCAAAAUUCACAAAAUGAAAAAAAAAACCCCAUGAUUUGAACAGUCAUUGAAAUGCUUUCAUAGGGCUUGGUUUGUAAAUAUUUUGGAUGAAAUGUAUUGGAAUAGUAUGAAAAUCAAGAGAUGUGGGUUCCUGCCUUAUUUUCAUAUGCUGUGUACAUCUCUGGGAGCUCACAGCACCCUUCUCAAAACUCAGCUGUCAUAUGGAGCUCAUUUGCUACUCGGACCAUAGAUUGAUAUUUAACAUAAGUGGUAUAAUGACCUUCAGUAUUUUUCUAUUGAACAGGUUUAUCAAUUUUUGCCAUUAAAUAGAUAAUUCGUUAUGCAAAGUAUUUAGAUUUUAUAAUCAUUUUAGUUAUGACUAAAAGGGAAGAAAUUGAGCUGCAUCACUGAUAAUGAACUUUGUGAGAAAUUUUUUGUUUAGCUGACUUUCAUUCCUUCAGUAUUGUUAUAAAUUUCUGUUGGAGAGGAUGAAGAUUUAUUUGAAAAUGUCUAAAAUGUAUGUAAAUUUUAUAAAUAUAUAUUAUAUAUAUUGUAGGAAUAUAUAUAAUAUAUAUAGGCUAUAUAUAUAUAUAUAUAUAAAACCAUAGGUGCAUUUUACUGUUUUGUAUUUUCAUUUUUGGAGGUAGUGUACACAGCAGGUAAAGAGGAGUGUGAUGGGUGUUGUGCUGUUUGCUUCUGCCGUAUAAUAUACAGAGUUCCAAAUGUUUAAAUGACUGUAAAUACGAUAUUCAUUAUAGGCUAGCAUGCUUGUUUUAAAGACUGUCAUUCUAGUUUAUUAAAAUCUGAAUGUAAGAAAACUUGGCUAUUUAAAUGUGAAUUGAAAAAUAUUUCAAUCUCAGUACUGAACUAUUUCCAUCAAACAUUCAGGAUUUUUAACAAAAACAGGUAUCAUCAAGAAGGCAAUAGCUAGAGAGAGAGGUGCCUUUAAAAAAACCCACAAAUGCAGCCUUACAGUGAGGAUGAGGACUGAGUUUGGGGGGGAGGGGGAGAGAGAGCGAGGACAACUGUGUGUGUGUAAUGUGUGUGUGUGUGUGUGUGCAUGCCCCAAUCUGUGAAGGUCCCAAUUUGUGACCGUAAUGUCUUUUUAAUGUAUCUGCUCAGCGUCUAGGACUUCAGGGGACAUUUCAUGCGCUGUCUUUGUGCUCUUCUGAGCACCGUUUAUACUUUCCAAGAAUUCUGAAUGUGAAUUCCUAAAUAUUUUAAUAGUGAAGAAAAUAACUCUUUAUUUCAUUAUAGUCAAGUUCAGGUAAAAGGGGAAAUUAUUGGCUCACCAAAAUUAUGGGGUCUCAUUCAUGUUGGAUAAGUAAAUGUAAUUUUUAAAAACUCAUUUUUUUUUAGUAUUUCAUAUAUUUCCCCCUUAUACAAGAUCAUGUCAUGAAAUUCUUAUGUAAUGGACAUUCAACUAGUAAAAAUUAUUUUUAGAUAACACCAGAACUAGUUAAAAUUCCACCUAAGAAUAGUAUUUAAAUGGCAUCUUUCAUAUCUACCUCUUUGUCAUUGCUGCCAUUUUAACGAAAGCAAACCUUUAUGACAUCUGAAAUGAUGGUUGGAUGCAAUUUAAAAAUCUAUGUUGGUGCUUUUCUCAGGCUUUGUCAUUUUAAGUUAUAUUGAACUAAGAUGUCACAAAUCAGAUUGAAAGACAUAGAAUUAAUUUUGAUUUUUUUUGGAAAGAACUGCUUAAAAUUUAUCAUUGAUAUUGAUAGUUAAGAUAGUUAAUCUCUGAUUAGUAUAUAUGUCUGUGUGAUGUUUUCAACCAAGAGCCAAACUGUUAAUGAAUUUAUAUGGAAAAAGAGCUCUAAGUAUAAUUUUCUUCAGCUUACUUUACUCUUUGGAAACUAUUUCAAGGCAAUUAAGUACAUAAUCAUUAGUUGUAUUUACUUAGCAGUUGCCUCUGUUACUGUUACUUGUUUAGUUAUUUAUAUAAUUGCAGACUUUUAAGUGUUUGACACUGGGAGUCAGGUUGUACAAAAGUAGUUGUUGGCAGAAAUUAUAUGUAUAUUUUUGUGAAGUGUAUCAAUUCCCAAAGUUCAUUUUAGGGGAUGGUCCAGAAGACUAACAGCUGUGUUUAGAAACAGAAGAUAGGUCAUUGGUAAAUGAUUGAAAUAAUUUUUACCUUUGCCAGUGAAGGCUUUUUAAUUGGCCAGAUUCAUUAUCCAACUGGGUCUCCAUGUCACUAUAAGGAACAGAAGGUUGACAAACUAACAGAUUGCAUCAGGGUUUUUUUUUUAUUAUUCUUAAAACAAGUAUUAGGCCAAUCAGAGAUCCUAGAUCCCACUUACUUAUUCUAGCAGCAUUCCUGAAGUAGUGCUUAGGGGUCAGAAUUUCCUGGAUCUUUGCUGAUCAAGCUUUAGAUUUGAUUUAGCUGGGACCACAUGUUUGUCAUCCCUCUGAUGCAAAUUAGAAAGUUCAUUUUAAUUUAGGUUAACUGUAAUGUCUGCCUGGGUUUUUAACAGGCUGUGAACCAGUGAGUGCCUUGUUUAUGUAGAAUGAUUUUUUCUGGUUGUAUAUUAGCUCCUUUCUGAAAAUGUCUCCAAGAAUGGUAUUUUAGUUGACUUGGAGAGAGGGCUGCUUAACUUGGUGUUACCAGCGAGCAGAAAGUUUUCAGUGUGUCGCAUUCCUCCCUCCCUCCCCUUUUCUUGUUUGGCUGAAGUUUGCCUUUUGUGAGAAACAAAUACAACCCCCCUUCUCCACACGGUUUUCCAAUCCCCAUGAAGAGUUAUCCCCUACACUCAUCCCAACUGUAUGGUCUAGUAACUGUUUUUAGGAGGAACCACUUAUUUGUAGUCCUGAAACCUAUCGGUUAUUUUAUGUGUUCUCGACUUCAGUUUACUAGAGCUGACCUCAGGGCAUCAUCAGUUCAGAUUCCUAUAUAACUCCUUUUUUCCACAUGCUACCCCCUCUUCCCCCCUCCCCGCCCCCGCCCAAACUGGUGAACCCUGGGCCAGAUUGUUUGAUAUUCAGGUAUUUUAAAUAUCAGUUAUAAUAUCAAUUAAUGUAAAUUAAUCCAAAUGCUAAUCUUUGUGGUGCAAGAAGUUUCUUUUGUAAAUUCAGGGUAUAGAUAAGCUAAUUAAGAUAUCCUUUUUUGGUGGCUCUACGUGUAUUACUUGUUUUUAAAUAAAGUAUACAAAUAUAGAUAAUGUGCUAUAGGUGUCUCAUGAAUUGAAAUAUGUGUCAGAUUUGGAAUCUAGCAUAUUUGCAGUUAAAAAUACUUUUAAUGCAACCUGAUUUUGUUAUUUUGGGUGCUGCUAGAGGGGUACAGAGAAAUAAAAGGGUGUUAGACAAAGUAGCUGUGAAUCCAAAAUAACGAACCAUACUUAACUAUUAAUUGUAAGAACGGUGGAGGAGUUUAUCAUGAUAGAGAGUUUGGACCUUUGGAAGGCCAGUGAAGUGAAAAAUACCCCUUAAGAUUGGAUCAACGGUACUUUCAGGGACAUGGGCUUAUUUUUUUCAAGUGUUCAGUUAUAUAAUUUUUAAAAAUUAUAUAUGCAUGUAUAUAAAUUUAUUUAUUUUUUCCUUAUUUGGCUACUUAACAGACAAGCAUUAGCCUUUUCCUUUCCCUUGCUCCUUCAGAUCAACAUUAUGUUUUCAAAGGCUUCCCUGCCCCAAACUCUGUUCCAAUCUGGAGUCACAAUACUGUAUGGAAUCUAAAUGAUACCCCUUCUGGUGCCCUUGAAACCUACCCAUUGUUCUUCGAUGUUUUGAAUGCUGCUGUAGCAAUAAGUAUAUACCUUUGGUGUAUACAUAUUUUUCAGUAGUGUCAGAAAUGUCCCUUUUGUUCCUUUUAAUGAGAACUGAGACAUAUUUGUCUAGAGCUAUUUUAGACUACUCUAGCUCAGAAGGUCAAUAGGACUCCCAAGUUUUUCAUGGACCGGUGGACCCCUGGGGCCAGCCCAGGUUCAGGGUGGUAUUCUUACUUGGAUUGGGUUUCCCAAUACAGCCACUGAGGUUUUGAGGGGUCCCGCAAUUGUCAUGGCACUUGGGGUGUACUCUAGGAAACCUGGGAGUGGGCAGCACUGUCUAACCCAGCACCACCACUGUGGAGUACCCUACAUGACUACAACUUGUUAUUUCUUAGUUACCAAUGCAUGGGACACUCUGGUUCUAGAAGGAGCACCGAUAUACAGCUCUGAAAAAACGGAAUUGUUAUUUUCUGGAACACACAUUUUAACUUAGUGUAUUUUUCCUACUUUGAAAACCAAACAGUCCAAAAUCCACUAAACAAAAAAAAUGACUCACUUCAAAUUUCACUUAGUUCCUGCCAACCCUUAACCCCUGUGUUAGUCCUAGUUGUUAUUAGACCAAAGGUAAUGGUGGUGUGGUAAGAGUUGAAGACGGAUCUGAUUAUCUGGGUAAACAGUGUCGGCCAUAUACUGCUAAUUGGAAGGGAUUAUUUCAUAGGAAAUUCUGUCCUUGGUAACUCAGCCAUUCACCUUACAUGAAGACUGGUCCAGAUGCCUAACUCUACAUUACUUUCCCUAUGUGCCUCUUUAAAGAGAUAAUUAAUCCAGUGAUGUAAAGGAAAGCCCACAGGAAAACAUCUGUUAAAUAGCACUUGGAGUACUAGAGUUAGUAUUUAUUAAUUCAUGUGCCAAAGUUUUUCAUGCCCUUGUAAGAUCCAGUGCGUAUACCAGGUUCCCAAUCUAUAACCUCAAACCAAAGAUAUUUUUGAAUUACCUCAUAUAAUAGCAUCAAAUUAAGGGUAAUGGUAAGGACACCCACAAAUGAGAGUCUCGUACUGAAAAAUGUUAAUUAAAAGCUUCAUAGAGAACAAAAUUUAAUGUUAAGCGUGAGUUAUAAAAAUGUUCAUGAUGUAUAUAAAAUGUGCUGCAAUAUUGAAGUAUAUUAACGUUUAAUUACUUCUUUAUGGGAGUGGCACCAGGGCAGAAAUUUUUCAUGAACAAGAUUAACUUACCUUAGAGCAAAAGAAAUUUCAUCAGAAAGUUUACUUUGGGUGCCGGCUAACUUGGGCAGGGGUGUGGGGAAAGAAGUACCACACUGAGAAGGAAAGGCCCACCACCCAGUGUCUCCCUUUCUCUCUGAAUGGCUUGGAAAGCUGACCUCUGAGGUCUUUUUGACCUCUAAAAGUGAGUGAUUCCAAUUCUGACUUGUCAUUGCUUCCUGUUAUCUAAAGGAUUUUAGGAAAUAAUCGGAAUUCUCUUGACGCCCCCUGGUAAAGUGUCAAGACAACACAGCUUUGAUUACAUUUUAGGAAGCUAUAUUGACAUAGGCCCAGGAAUGCCAUGCCAUCUGCAUGUCAGAAUGAAGACUAGACGUGUUAGAAACAUCCACAUGUGAUGUCCGUGAUGGUCGCAUGAAAAGAUGAGAGAGUCCUUUCUAUUGGAUCAGUUCUGUUUUGAAUGACUUUGAGUGCUUUUAAAAGCAUUUAAAACAGAUGUUUACAUCUUUUUCUACAGAGUUGAACCUACAUAUUUUAGAAUAUCCUGUUGAUGGAGUAAUUUCACUCAAGGUAUAUUUAAGAAGAAACUCAAUGAUCUCACGUAUCUUUUGACUGUCAUUGAUCAAUAACACUCCUAUACACAUGCACCCAAUACCCAACUGCUAUGUAGGAAUGCUUUUCUAUAUGGUAAAUGUCUCAGCGUUUUGCUGACAGGAAAAGCAAUAGUCUUGUGUGUGGCUUACAGGUAAACAUGGAACCUUAUGCAUUUGGUCCAUUAAAAUGAAUGGAAUGUUAAGAUACUAACAAUGCUAAUAGUAGUGUCCCCCUCAGAGCUAACAACAUUAAGGUUAAGUUCAACCUAUUUGCCAUGCAUGGAUUUUAAAAGUGUGCAGGUACAACCAAAGUACCCUUUAACAAUCAAUUUACUUAAGUGAAAGCUUUGUUCUUUGAUGAAAUAGCACCUGUUCAGUUUCAUUGUCUCAUGGUCGGAGAAAUCAGGCUUUCUCCCAAAUCUAAAACGUUCAGACUUUAGCUUACUCCUUUUGAAGAGUCCUCUGAACAAGCAAGACUAUAAGCUCCUGUUUCUCAUUGCUGUAGGAUACCUAGGAACACAUGUCUUAAUUUUUCCAAUUAAAAAAACAAAGCUGGCAAGCAUACUUUUUUUUUUCCUUUAAAACAUUGCUUUCUGGAGGCAGAAGUGAUUUCACUUUUGAACUUGAGGAUUGUACACAGAUCCAGGCAGAUUUGUGUUGUGAAUGUAAACACAAAAGUUUUAUUUUGUUUGAUUUUUUAGAAAUUAUUUUGAGUACAAAAAUUGGCAAGGAAGAUAAAAAUUUAUUUCAUAUUAUCUUUUAAAGUAUUGAAUUUUUUUGAGGUAUGGGUAGCCCAUAAUGUGAUGGGUUUUAUUCAGAAUGCCUUGAUUCUACCCUAUCCUCAGCUCAGAUUUUACAUAUUAAGUACUGCUCAUUUGUCAACUAACAAAAUAAAACAGUUCAUGGCUAUUUGCUUUAGUCUCUAUAAUCUGCUUGAGGCAGGGACCAGAGUGUUUGUGUUGUUUUUUCUUUUUAAUUAAAUAUAUAUUCCCCUUAGCACCUCUCCUGGUGCCUUACCAUAUAGGAAGUACUCAGUGAAUAUUUGUUGGUUGAGUAAUCAGAGAAUACAUUUCCAAAAUAUACAGUUCCUCAAAGACCAAAAAAACCCCAAAACCCUGCCAGUCCCUAGACACUCUCAAAUAUGUUUAAAUCUGUGGAACUGAGUCUAAAAUUGAGGUCUGUCUGUACCUUAAAGUGAGGAGGGAUUUGGACUCACCUGGAGGUAGCAACAGUGCCCAGGGCAACGCCCUCCUUGUGCCUGCCUUGGAGCAAAGCAUAUGGGGGACAAGGAGUUGUCCUCAAGCCACGGAGGAAGGAAGCUCCAGUAGAAGCUUGUCAAAACAGGCAUUCCCCUGGGGAGCUUGCUUUGGAGUUGAGGAAUCUGGGACAAAAUCUUUCAGAAUGUUCUCAGGGCUGCUGGUUGUCUUGAAGAUUUGAUGGUAAUUAUCUUAAUGUCUGUUAACUCACCUAGGAGUACGUUCAGUGUUGUCUUGGUUUGCGGCUACACUUCAGCAGAGCCCAGGUGGCUUGUGGCCUUGAGCUGAACAGCUUAACUGCUUCAGGGGCAAAAUAAUCAAGUUAAGAGUAGAUAAUUCUAUUUCACAGUCAAAUGCCUUUUAAAAUCUUAAUAGAAUCAUCAACAGAGUAGUGAAUCAACAGAAUGAAAUAUUCAACUAAAUAAAUCUCAGAAUAUGAAAUCUAUAUAGCAUGUAAAAUUAUAUCUCUUUUUUUAAAAACUCAAAUAUGAUUCAUCUAAGAUCAACACAGCACAUAGCAAAGAACAGGAUUUUGGCCCAGAGGACAUUUAUUGUGACAUUGUAGACAAGCUUACUCUUCCAAGUUGAUCCUUGUCUAUGGAAUGGGGAUUAUAGAUCUACCUAAAAAGUAGAUUGGUUUGAGGUAACAAAUAAAACACCUGAUAAAAUCAGGCAGUAAUAAGCAUCCAGCAAAUAAUUUAUUCACUCCUUGAAUUCAGACUUCUUAACCAUGUGAUUCUGUCGCACUCCCAAUAGCGUCUAGAAUAUCAGGUUUUUAAGAGAAAUAAGGUUUAAAUGAACACGGAGAGUAGUCCUGAAGACUACUUUAUUAUACAUAAAGCAUUGCUUUCCUCAAAUAUCUGAGUGCCUGUUUUGUGCCAGACAGUUCUUGGUGCUGGUGUCAGUGGUGAACAAAAUUCUUUACCGGAUGCAGUUUCCAUUCCUGUGGGCAGGGGAACAACACAUAAUAUAUAUAGAAUAUUAGUGGUAAGUGCUGAGGAAAAAUGAAGCGUGAGAGGGAGAUGAUUUUAUGUUUUUCAGAUUAUAAAAAUGCAAAUUAAGAGAACUGUAAUACAAUUAAAAGAACACAAAAGCAAUAAAUGGAAUAAUAAAGGGCAUGAUGCAGAGCUAAUAACCCACCGUCCCAUUUCACCCCACCUCCCUUGUAGUAGCCCAAUAUCAUGUCUGCUGCUGUUCGUAGUAAUACGGAUACACAUACUACAUACGGGGUUGGGGUUUUGUCUUCUACCCAUAAUCUGCAACUUGCUUUUAAAUUUUUAUGUGUAUUAUGAGCACCUUAUAAAUCUACAUAUAUACAUAGCUUUAUUUUGAAUUUCUUAAUAUACACAAUCUUAUAAAUAAAAGGUGGGGAUUUUUUUUGGCGGGUCAGUUUGCUUUAGAUAAGUUGGGUUAUACAUAUUCCCUGCAUCUUUUCUCAUCCAACAAUAUGUUAUGAAAACCCCUCCAAGUCUAUCUCAUAGCUCUUACUGCAUUCUUUUUAAUGCUGUAUAGUACUCUGUGUUGAUAACUUAAAAUUCCAUUACCAGUGGGCUUUUACUUUGUUACCAGAUUUUUUCCAAUGAUGGCAGUUGUGACUGCGGACAUACUCACAACCAUGGUGGUUUAAAAAGUCCCCGGGGAAGGAUUGCUCGGUUGAGGGAUAUGUAGAUUUGAAGUUUUUAACACAUGUUGACAAGACUGUUUCCCAAAAAGUUGGGUACAAUUUAUGUCCUUCAGUAAGUGUAUACAAUAGUCUUUACCAUUUAUACCCACCAGUAGUAGCUAUUGUAUUUUUUUGUUUAAAGCCUCUUAAUGGGUAUAGUGAUUCCCCAGUGUUGCUUUAUUUGCAUUUUCCUGACCACUGAAAACCUGGACAUUUUUUCCUAUGUUCUUUGGUCAUUUGAAUUUCACUCACAAUUAAAUUACUAUUGCAUUAGUGUUCUAUUGCUGUAUAACAAAUUACAACAAACUUAGCAGCUUAAAACAAAAUUCAUGUUUCCUCAUAGUUCUUGUGGGUUAGAGCUUCACGCAGGCUUGAUUGGGCUCUCUGGUGCCCAGUAAGGCUGAAGUGAAGGUGUGUGCCAGGUGGGACUCUUAACCGAAGUCCCUGAAGAAGAAUUCACUUCCAAGUUUAUUUUGUUGGCAGAAUUUGAUUUCUUGCAAGUCUAGAGUGCAGGGCAGUUGUAGGACAGAGGUCUCUGUUUCCUUGCUGGCUGUUCACCAGGCAUUGUCCUCAGCUCCUGAAGGUCACUUUCUAGUCCUUGCAGGUGGUCACUUCCAUCAUCAAAUUUAUCAAGGAUUCAUUAGACCCUUGUUGUGCUCACCCUUCUGUAUUCUCUUGUGCUACCACCAAGAGAAAACUCUCUGCUUUUAAAGAGCUCAUGUGACUAGGGUAGGCCCACCUAGAUAAUUUCUGUAUGUUAAGGUAAACUGGUUAGCAACCUCAAUCACAUCUGCCAAGUCUCUGUACUCUGUAAAUGUAACAUUGUCAAGGGAGUAAUCCAGUGGCAAAAGAUCUUGGGAGUCAGAUUCUGCCUACCACAAAUAUUUAUAUUCUUGCUUCUGCCUUUACAUUUACUUUUAUUUUUAUUCAUACUUUUGUCCAUGUUUAUAUUGUGUUUGGCUUUUUCAUUUAACUAGUUUGUAGGAGCUUUUCGUAUAGUACAUAGAGACUUUCUACUCUUGGUUGCGAACAUUUUUUCUAACUAUUGUAAGUUGCCUGUUGACCGCAUUAAUCAGUAUGUUUUCCAUAGAAAACUUAGCCAUUUGGAUUUUACUCUUAAGGGGAAUUGCAUAUUUAUAUUUGUAUUCACAUUUAAAGUUUUUACUUUUUCAUUUAUUUUUUUAUUUUAUUAACAUUUUCAUAUUUGCAGUCUUUUAAAAAAUUGUAAGUGCUCUUUGUAUAUUGUAUAUAAACUCUUUCUUUUAAUUUGCAAAUUUCCCCCAAAUCUAUAAUUUGUUAACCAUAUUUAUAAUUCCUUUUCCCAUAUAAAACUUUAUAUUAGUAUACAGUCAAGUAUAUUCUAUUAUUUUGCAAUAUAUGGACAUUUGUGAAUAUAUAAAAAUUUCAAAGUAUUCUAUAUUGAUUAAGGUCUUCAGCCCCAGGUGGCACGUAUAAUCUAGAAUAGCUUCUGCAUUUUAUUUUUGGUGUUUGCCAUUGGUGACAUUCACACUUGUCUUUACUCCGUUUGGAAUUUGUUUUUGUAUUGAAUACAAGAGAUGGAUCCCACUGUACUUUCUUCUAAGUGGUUUGCUAGUUGUUUCCUCACUCUUUAGUAAUAAACUCUCUUUUCCCAAUGAACUGAAAUGCCAAGGUUGUCAUAUAUUACAUUUUUGUAUAUAAUGGGAUGUUUCAAUAUACCUUUCUGUUUCACUUUCAGUUCUCUUUACAUAUGGCAAUAUCAUAUGAAUUCAAUUACAGUGACUUACAAUGUUUGUAUACAGUGACUUUAUAAAAUGGCAAGGUAGAGCUUUUUCUCUCCCACACUCCUGCCUACUGCUUUUUUUUUUACUACCUUUCUUUGCUAUUCUCAUGCAUUUGAAGUUUGUGAUAAUUUUACCCAAUUAGGGGUUGAAAUUGCAUGAAAUUUACAGAUUACCUUUGGGGAAUUUGACACAUGAUAUUGUCUUCUAAGAACUAAGAAAAUCAUACCACUCUCUGUUUGCUCAGAUCUUUUCUGCAUCUUCAGUAAGUAUUGAGCAUUUUCUUCAUUUACGUCCUGCAUCUUUUUUAUUAAAUGUAUCCUUGUUUCUUAGCUUUUUGGUCAUUAUUGUGAAUGGAUUUUAAAACCCAUUUCCAUUUCUAAGAGCUUAUUAUAAAUAAAAAGCCUAUUUUUUUCUGUGUACUUAUCUUGAAUACAACGAAUUUAUUAAUAUACUUUCUAGAUUUUUCUUGUUAAUUCCAGACUUUCCCUGGUAAUGUAAUAAUGACUCUCACAAAAAUAUUUGAACUUUUCCCCAGUGUUUGACAGAUCCUUUUCUAGAAUCUUUGUUGUCUAAAGCUCUAUUAUAGUGUUGAGUGAAAAUGGUGAUAGGUAUUUCUGUUGUUGAUUUUAGUUGAAAUAAUUCAAGUAUUUAGUUCUUUAGAAUAUUUGUGUUACUAUUCAGUGAAGAAUAUUAUUAAAUAAGUUAUUUCCUGUUUUA